CAUCAACAUUUUUAUUUUCCUGGUAGUCGUGACACCAAAUUAUUAAUGUUGUACACAAAUUGUACAGACCAUCCUACGGGUUACUGCCUGAUGGAAGCUUUCUGGCCCCAAGGCUCUGCUGGGAGCAGACUCAAAAUCUAGAGAUUAGAAGAAAAUGAUGAGUGCAGUUAAUCACUGUGUCCUGACAGAAGCAAAUUGUGUGUGUGUUACAUGUAAUUCAUUUCAUUCUGCCUGAACAUCAUUUUUGAGUAUCGUUCCUGACUGUUUGAAAAGGGCAUAAAAAUGAGCUUCUUUGGUUUCUGGUGUCUCUAGUCACUAGGGAAAUAGAUUACACAAUUAGGGUGGGGAACCUGGCUGGCUGCCAAAUGCAUAGGUACUUAGGUGCAUGCCUUUGCAUCCACUUAUAAAUACAGCCUGUACACCAUCCACAGUGAUUAACUCUAUUAACACUCUCCCUGCAAAGCUUGCAGAACUCACUGAUCAUGAAGCCAUCAAGCAGCCUUCUGCUUUUGGUCAGUGUGGCUUAUUUGUUCCUCUUUGCAGAGGCUGUGAGCCAGGGAGGCUGCCGGGACCUGUCCCAGGAAUUGGAUAAAAAGGCUUUUUGCAGCAACUAUGAGCAACUAGCUACAGGUGGAAAACCCUGUCCCAAGAUCCACAAAGCAGUUUGUGGUACUGAUGAACAAACUUACCAUAAUCGCUGUGAAUUCUGCAAAGCAGCUAAGGAAAGAAAUGGAAAGCUUGGUUUCAAACACAAUGGGAAAUGUUGAUUCCUCUGAUGCUGCAAUGCUGGAAGGGUCUCGGUUUGCCUUUCGCCACAGGUUAACUCCCUGUUACCCAGAC